CAGUCCUGUCAUCUUCCGCUUCAGGGGAGAAUGUGGGGUCCAGGCGGCGAAUUUAUGGCACCUUCAUGCUCGACGAGGAUGACGAGCAACACGACCAGGAGGCAGCGGGCCUGCUCAAGCAUAAUGUGCCCCCCGGAAUAACUUGGCAAACAGCAAUUUACACAUGCCUGGGGGAACUAAUUAUCCAUACAAGCGCUGUGGCAGUGGCUGUUUUCAUCACGAUCAUCGACAAUCUGCCCUACGGUCUACUCUUGUUUCCCCCGGCCUUCAACUUGGGCCCCCUUGGGGUACAGCUUGUCCUGGUCUCCGCUGUGGUCUCCCAGGCAGUAUUCGGCGCCAUGUCCACAUUUUCCUGCGCCCUCGGGAGCUUUAUCAUCGAAAACGUUGCCUUCCUUCGGGCCAUGAGCACGAGCCUGUCUAGCCAACUCCACGACCAGGGGCGGACCGAGGAGGCCCUGACCACGAUCCUGUUCUGCUUCUCUUUCUCCAGCCUCCUGACCGGCGCGGCAUUCUACGUCCUUGGCGUCCUCAAGCUGGGGAAGAUUUCCUCCUUCGUUCCUCAACACGUUGUCCUGGGAUGCAUCGGGGGCAUGGGUGUGUUCAUUGUCUGCGAGGGCAUAGGAAUUACCACAGGCAUCGACUGGAGCUGGGAACCUGCCGUCCUCUGGGCCCAAAUGCAUCCCUCGCCCUUGCUCAAAAUACUUGUCACAGGCGCCUUGACCGUCGGUCUGAGCGCUUUGAAGCAGAAGAUCACCCACCCGAUUCUGACCCCACUUUUUUUCGUGGCGAUUCCCCUUGCUUUUUAUGCGGUGCUGCACAUCUGUGGAGUCUCGGUUGCAGAGGCCCGCGCCUCUGGCUGGCUCUUUUCA